AUGCCUUUGUGUUGCGUGUGCUCGUCUUCCCAGACCAUCUUCUACACCGAAACCCCUUUGCAAGUGGAGCAGGAUGAUACCAUCAGCGGCGUCGUCACACUGUCAUGCAACAACACCUUCAAGCGAUGGCUGAACAUGACCUUCGAAUGGGACGCAUACACACGCGAGGGCAAACACCUGCCGCUACACAGCACCUCACAGACACCCAAUAGCUCGGUACACGCACAGACACUCGAUAACUCAACGCACGCAAAGACAGACACUGCAGAGGUCCACAAUGAUACGGAACAGACACAACGCCCUACGGCAACGGACGAGAGGGUGCAAGGGAGCGAUGACAAGGACAUCAGUGCGUGCAAGAGAC